AUGAACCUGCGAGGAGGAAACAUCUCAGAGCUGAUCUCGUCCGCUGCCCGAGCCACCACGUCCGUGCUCUUCGACCCUGACCCCUGGCCUCCCGGCACCCAGGGAACCCUGGGAAACGUAGUCAGGAACGCGUCGGUGCCGGGGUGCGGCGAGAUGGAGCUGAUGCUGGGGAACUGGUCCCAGGCGGGGGUGCAGAAGAACUGGGCGGCGCUGCUGAUCUUGGCGGUGAUCGCCGUGACGGUGACUGGGAACAUCCUGGUCAUCAUGGCCGUGUCGCUGGAGAAGAAGCUCCAGAAUGCCACCAACUACUUCCUGAUGUCGCUGGCCGUCGCGGACAUGCUGCUGGGGGUCCUCGUCAUGCCUGUCUCCAUGGUGACCAUCCUCUACACUCUCCCCUCCCUCCCUCCAGGUAUAUCCAUGCCCAUCCCAGUGCUGGGUCUAAGGGACCGUUCCAAAGUCUUCAGCGACGGCAGCUGUGUGAUGACGGACGGCAGCUUCGUCCUGGCGGGCUCCUUCGUGGCGUUCUUCAUCCCCCUCACCAUCAUGGUGGUCACCUACUUCCUGACCAUCAGCGCCCUGCAGAACGAGGCCACGCUCUGCCUGGACCAGCUGGUUCCCCGGCCCAAGUGGAGCACCACGCUCACGCUAGGCUUCCUGCCCCAGUCCUCGCUCUCCUCCGAGAAACUGUUCAGACGCUCCAUCAGCCGGGAGGCGGGGGGGGCUGCGGGGGGGGCGGCAGGGGGGGGAAUGGGCCCCGGGGUGGCACCUUAUGGCCGGCGCACCAUGCAGUCCAUCAGCAACGAGCAGAAAGCUUCCAAGGUCCUGGGCGUGGUGUUCUUUCUCUUCGUGGUCAUGUGGUGCCCGUUCUUCAUCACCAACGUGCUGGCGGUGGUGUGCGACCCGCUGAAGUGCGACCCCGUGGUCAUGAGUGGGCUGCUCAACGUGUUUGUGUGGGUGGGGUACCUGUCGUCGGCGGUGAACCCCUUGGUGUACACGCUGUUCAACAAGACGUACCGCGCCGCGUUCUCGAGAUACGUUCGCUGCAAGUAUCAGCCUGAGAAGAAGCCCUUGCAGCUCAUACUGGUCAACACCAUCCCCCCGCUAGCCUAUAACUCCACCCAGAUGCCGCUAGGGGACAUGCACUCCUUGAGGAAUGGGGGGCACCCCAGUGGCGGGCAAGAGGAUUUCUCUUUGCCGUCACUGGGAAAGGCCAAGUCGAACCCGCACAAAAAUCAGGGAGACAAAGAGGAAAAUAUCAGUUGUGUGUGAGCUCAGAAAAACUCAACAACACUCCAGGAGUCAUUGUUGAUUUCAUGUAUUUUCAUGUUGUUCGAUUUUCCUGACAUUUUUAGGCGGGAACAGGGAACAGGGAAUGUCACGAUGUUCACACGCGCUAGACAGCGUCGUCUCAGAUUGCGAGAGGAAGCAGAGAAACCAUGGCAACUAUUUUUAAUAUUUAACUGUUACUGACUGAAAGGAGAGUUGAUCCAUUGUUUUCAGUUACAGCGAUGGCACUUAAGAAGAUUGGAUAUUAAAAGAAAUCGAGGAAAAAGGGACCACACAACUCAUCCAAAUUUAUAUUUGUACGUACAUUGUUUAGUGCACAUGAGAAAGUCAUUAAGUACGCUCUAGUGUUGUUUUUAACAGAGACUGAACUAUCUUUUGUCACCACAGCUUGAGAAACAAGGUUACCUUGAUGUGUGUUCGUGGGGGAUAGGGCCUAUCAUGAAGGGACAUGAAGGGGUGUUUAAAGUGACGCAAUGCCGUUAACUUUUAUCUUUCACGGAGAACUUUAUCAUCACUGUCGUACUGCGAGGUUUAACCAAUCACGACCCUCUACUUACAGUUGUCUUCUGUACUGUGGCAGUGAUAUUGCGGUGAAAUUGUCGCACGAUGUUAAUGAUCGUUCAGUGGUGUUGCCCUGGCCUGGACUUGACUGAGAGUUUGGAUGUUUUUAAUCGUGUCUCUUUGGGCAUUGAUGUAGUCACGUUUUCUAAAUGUGGACUGAAAUUUAAUGAUGUUUUUGCUUUCGAUCAAGUAAAAUACAGA